CAGUCAAAGCAUGUAGUUUACUCCGUUCAAAAGCAUGUAAAACGUGCUCGUGUUCAGCGUGACUUGUGACGUUUUCAUCACAACACGAUCGAUGGAGCGGAAAAAAUUUAAAUUCUCCUUCGGCUCCUAAUUAAAUUAUUAGCAUCCGUGGCGGCGACAAUGACUUCAAGGUCGCAGGUUCGAGGGCGUCACUGGACGGACCUGCUGCGCAAGCAUUCCCUUCCGUACGGAUGCCGGGCUCAAGGUAUGUGGGGGUAUGUGGCCGAACCGGUUCCCGCCCGGGUCACAUCUUUCCUGCACAGUGACGCGCAGCGCGCUCCCGGUUCAAGGACAUCAGCGCUUGAGCGUCGCUCUUUAUUGCGGGGGUCGCUCACUUGAGGGGUUUCAGCUCUCAUCCUUCGCGCCUCUCCGUUUUUUUCAGCCGUCAACACGAAACUGUGUGCGCGCGCGCGCAGGGCAUUGCGCACAACACCAUGUAAAAAAAAAAAAAAAAAAAAAAAAAAAAGGCGGCCGCACUUGGCGGACGCGCAUCGCGAGGGUCCGAGGACGAGCCCGCGGUCUCAGUACCACCGCCGGGAGCGCGCGCGUCGCGCCGCGGAGCAUCUCCGGGAAACGGGGCACCGCGCAUCGCCCGCGCAUCGCCCGCGCAUCGCCCGCGCAUCGCCCGCGCCGCAUCUUUGAAGCAUCUCGUCGCAGCGCGUUUUCAGCGGCUCCGUGUCCUGCUGUCCGUCUCCUGUUGGUCCCCGUCGUCGGCGCGUCCUCGCUCUCUGCUGGUGCUCUGGGCACAGUGGACGCGCACUGCGGACACGGGAACGCGCUGGGAGACCCCAUCGCUACUGGCGACGUGCAGCAGGAGGACAAGUCAAGGAAGGAUAAAAUCAGAGCGAUGAACAAAUAAAUCAACCGAGCACCCCAGACCCGCGAAGGCAGACAUGGGCAGACCGGGGAGCAGAAGAUGGGGCUCCGUCCUCUUUCUGGUCUCCUCCGCGUGCAGCGCGUUCAUUUUCUGUGAAUAUUUCAUCUAUUUCCCCGUGAUCCUCCGGUGCUCGUGGCCCCACGCAGAGUGGGCGGAAGCCGAGGAGAGCGAGGUCCUGCGGGUUUUCAUCCUGUCGGACACACAUCUCCUGGGAGUCAUCCGAGGACACUGGUUUGACAAGCUGAGAAGGGAGUGGCAGAUGGAAAGAGCCUUCCAGACGGCCCUCUGGCACCUGCGUCCUCAAGUGGUCUUCAUCUUGGGGGACGUCUUCGACGAGGGCAAGUGGAGCUCCCCAGAGGACUGGGAGGACGAUGUCCGCCGUUUCCAGCACAUGUUUCGCCACCCGAACAACACAGAGCUGAUUGUUCUCGUCGGAAACCACGAUGUCGGCUUCCAUCACGAGAUGAGCUCAUUUAAACUGCAACGCUUCGAGAAGGUCUUCGGCGUCAACUCUGCCAGGAUUUUCACCAAGAAGGGCAUCAACUUCCUGCUGGUGAACAGCGUGGCCAUGCAGGGCGACGGCUGCCCCAUCUGCCACGCUGUGGAGAACAAGCUGCUCCGCCUCUCCAGGGAGCUCAGCUGCUCCAUGCAGAGUUUGGAGCCGAACGGCGAACAGCAGCAGUGCCGUGGCACGCGCCGCUUCCCCCCCUCACCUCCCGUCCUCUUACAGCACUACCCUCUGUACAGAGGCAGCGACGCCAACUGCACAGGUCAGGAUGCUGCUCUCCCCCAAGAGCGCCACCUGCUGUUCCAAGAGCGAUAUGACGUGCUGUCCAAGGCAGCAUCAAGGAAGCUUCUGCAGUGGUUUCAGCCCCGUCUCAUUCUCAGCGGCCACACCCACAACGGCUGUGAGGUGCUCCACGAAGAAAAGCACCCUGAAAUCAGCGUUCCGUCAUUCAGCUGGAGGAACCGCAAUAAUCCCAGUUUCAUCCUGGGCAUCUUCUCUUCCAGCCACUUUGCCCUCUCCAAGUGCUUCCUCCCACAGGAGAGCACAGUCAUAGCCAUAUAUGCCACAGCUGGCGUGACUGCAGCGCUCCUGCCAUUAGUGCACUGGUUCUGUUUCAAGGGCAGCAGCCUAAUGGGCCUCAUGGGCCUGAUGGGCAAACACAAGUCCUUGUGACCUGCAACCCCAGCCCUGUCCACCUCGCCUUGCCAAAGAGAAGCAGACCCCACAUUGCUCAUCUUGUACAUUUGUUGGGUCCUGUGGAUCUCUGCCCCUGUGGUACUUGUGCUACGAAACUGAAACAAGUGCAAACCAUGCAAUGUCCCCCUUAACAGGAAGGGGGGGGGGGGGCACGUUUUAUGCAAGUCUUCAGUUGUGCAAAUUUUUUGCUGUGGUCCAGUUCAUGCGUUUUAAAGUUAGGCUUGAAAUGGCCUUUUCUUACAUUUAUGCUACUGCAGCUCACAAAGUCCAAUUCGGGGUUGUGCAAGGAGACUAGAAAGUUUUUGAUAAAACCAAUUCAUACAGGUGAUCCACAAUGUUGCUUAAGUAAUGUAGGCUUAAAUGGGUUUCUCUUAUUGCAAUUGUAAUUUAAACAUUUUGUACAAAAUGUACAGGUUAUCGCUGACACAAAUGAGAUCUGCACAAAGACAAGAUACACCUAUGUGACCAAAGGACAUAUCUUAUUGCUAAAACAAGUUCAGCUUUUUUUCUCUUUUCUUAAAACCACACCGCAUCACAACUUGUUCUGAGAAAUGUAAUUUGCAUAAAUGAUUAAAGUUUGAGAAAUAUUCACACUUUAUCAAUUCUAUAUUUAAAAUAAAACAAAGUCUUCUAAUGUGCCUCUUUAUUAAAAGAAAAUAAAAAUGUCAUUUCGUAAUUCUCUCAGGCCAAACACAAGGAUUUACACCUCUUUUUUCUCUCUUACUAUAUACUUGCACAAUAAAAGCUGCAGUUGGUACAAGGAAUGAAGAUCCUAUCUAGGGUGUGCACACAUCCACAAUGCCUGUGCAGUUGUGAAGGUCUCUGAAUGACCAAAGGUUCAACCUCUCACACUUCUUCAGUCUACGCUUCAUUCUAAACAUGCUUACGCAUAUGUGUGCAUCUAUAUGGAUUUACUCUGCACACAUACAUAAGUAUGUAUACAGCUAACUACACACACAUAUAUAAACAUGUGCAACUGUACAUAUAUAUUUAUAUAGAUCUAUAAAUUUACAUGUACAUUUGUGAAAAGCACAAACGUGCACUCUCGCACAUUCAGUUUUGCUGCGAGUGCACGCGUGUUUAUGUACACAUGCUCGCACACGCAGGCACAAGCACACGCAUGUAAAUAUAGACGUACUUCAUAUCGAAAAAAGUUGGUUCCUAUUAAAACAACUCCAGGUUGCAAUUUGGACACUUCAAUGGAUUCCAAUGUUUUAAAGCUGAGAAUCAAAAAAAUAAAACAAAGAAAAAAUGAAGGCUUGUCGCUGCAACAUCUGGUCAUCACUGUAGGAAAGUGGUUAAUUUGCAUAAUGUAUACAGGAUUCUUUUUAGCCCCUAACCUCCCCCCCAUUUUAUACUAAAGAGCAUUUCCUUUUUUUAUAAACCAGAAAAAACUAAAUUCUACAGAGAAAGUCCCUACCCGCAGUCUUUCCUGCUGAUAGAGUUGACAUCAAGCUGUACAGCGCAGUCAAAAACAUACUUACAUCUGAGCUCAUUUUACAGGUACAGCCAUAAUCAAGGCACAAAGAUCUUCUACAAGUAGAUUUUUUCUUCAGUAAAGUUGUACAAAAUAAUAUUACAUUUUACAGCCUGUACAAGAUAAAUCAACCUUGCACAGUCUGUA